AGCGGAGCGCGAGCGCCGGGACCCGGGCGCGCGGCACCCCCGCCUAGGCUCAGCCAGCCAGAACACACCCAGUAUGUGUGAGCAGUUCUAUAGAGCUCCAGGAAUGCUGACUAUUUGUCAAACCAGAGAAAUGCACCUUUGACUGCAAGACUGUUAAAUUCCUGGCCUAGCUAUCUUCCCUGAAGAACUUCAAAUGGAUCUUUACAAGUUAUCUACAGUGAUAGACUAAGAAUGACCUACCAAGGAAAUGUUAAUGAAAACUAGUACUGAGACUGCUGAAGUUUUCAUUGGAAACAACAGAAUUCUUUGAUUUACCAUCUGCCCCUGUAAUGGAACAGUUAUUUUUGGUGAUAGUUGACCACCAUUUAGAGAUGGACAUAGGGCUGAAUUGUAACCACAGGUGCUGCGACAAAGAACACUUUAAAGAUGCAUAAAAGUCUGUUUAAAGUGAAGAGAAAGAACUGGAUAAAAUAAUGAGUCCACAGGUUCAUUAGAAGGCCAAAUGUGUCCCUGGCACAAAAAAAGAGACAGAAUCUCUGCUGUAAACCUUUUUGGAAAUUGCCUUCAGCAUCAGUUUAUAAGCCAGGUUUAACAGGGAAAAUGUACACUCUUCAGCCAAUUGAGAUUCAGCUCUUGGAGAAUACUUCUUUGAACCUCAUGGAUUAGCUGGAAUUUGGAUUGUGAAGCCCUUGCUGAGAAGAGCUUUCAAGCUUUGAUCACCUGAACAGACUCUAGCAAUGGCCAGCAAACGGAAAUCUACCACUCCUUGCAUGAUACCAGUUAAAACUGUGGUGUUACAGGAAACGGAAACAGACCCUGUUGAAGGUUUUAAUGAAGGAACUCAGCAAGAGUUACCUCCUGAAACGCCUACUGUUAAUGAUGCUGUUAACAACAACAAUAAUAAUAAUGGAACACUAUCUAAUGGGCAUCGAAGUACUUUGGAUGGUGAUUCUUACGUAUGUAAAUAUUGUGAUUUUGGGUCCCAAGACAUGAAUCAAUUUAUGGGACAUAUGAACUCAGAACACACAGACUUUAAUAAAGACCCCACUUUUGUAUGUAUUGAAUGCAGUUUUAUGGCAAAAACCUCUGAAGGGCUUUCACUCCACAAUGCCAAAUGUCAUACUGGUGAAAUCAGCUUCAUUUGGAAUGUGGCCAAACAGGACAAUCAUAUAACUAUAGAGCAAAUCAUCUCUGAUAGCACCAGCAGUCACGACCUUUCAGGGGAGUCCUAUGAAGAAGGAAUAGAUGGACAAGCUGAAAUUAUCAUUACUAAAACUCCAAUUAUGAAGAUAAUGAAAGGGAAAGCUGAAGCCAAAAAAAUUCACACACUGAAGGAAAAUCCAUCUGUUGGAGAGAAUUUACUAAGUCAGCCACCCGGGGAGAACUUAGUUAGUCAGUCAGUUGGCGAAACUGAGAUGAAAGAGAGUGAUCAUUCUUUCACCAAUGGAUCUGCUCCAGUCAGCCAGGCAACCAGCAACCCUGUGAAAACUUCACAUGUUUCCAAUGGUCCACUAAUUGGAACUGUGCCUGUUUUACCCGCUGGCGUAGCUCAAUUUCUAUCUAUUCAACAGCAACCCCAAGUGCAUACACAGCACCAUCACCACCAGCCACUGCCCACAUCCAAGUCACUUCCCAAAGUGAUGAUUCCACUGAGCAGCAUUCCAACAUACAAUGCGGCCAUGGACUCAAAUAGCUUCCUGAAAAACUCUUUCCAUAAGUUCCCUUACCCAACCAAAGCCGAGCUUUGCUACUUGACUGUUGUGACCAAGUACCCUGAAGAACAACUAAAAAUUUGGUUUACUGCCCAAAGAUUGAAGCAAGGUAUCAGUUGGUCUCCUGAAGAGAUAGAAGAUGCAAGGAAAAAAAUGUUUAACACAGUUAUCCAGUCAGUACCUCAGCCUACAAUCACAGUUUUAAAUACCCCUUUGGUUGCCAAUGCUGGCAAUGUCCAACAUCUCAUUCAGGCUGCCUUACCCGGUCAUGUUGUUACAGGGCAACCAGAAGGUACAGGCGGAUUGCUGGUUACUCAGCCGAUAAUGGCCAAUGGGCUACAGGGGACAAGCUCCUCUCUCACCUUAGCAGUUACCUCUGUUCCUAAGCAGCCAGCUGUUGCACCGCAUAACACUGUUUGCUCAAACACUGCAUCCACCGUAAAGGUGGUAAAUGCUGCUCAGUCUCUGCUCACUGCAUGCCCAGCUAUAACUUCCCAAGCUUUCCUAGAUUCUAGCAUCUACAAAAAUAAAAAAUCUCAUGAACAGCUAUCAGCUCUGAAAGGUAGCUUUUGUAGGAAUCAGUUCCCUGGACAAGGUGAAGUAGAGCACUUGACCAAAAUUACAGGCCUCACUACAAGGGAGGUUCGAAAAUGGUUCAGCGAUCGAAGAUACCAUUGCAGAAAUUUGAAAGGUACUCGAAGUAUGUUGCCUGGAGAUAAUAGCUCUAUGAUUAUGGACUCCACACCUGAUGUUACCUUCACUCUGUCACCCAAAGCACCUGACCUAGCCUGUGUGACAACAGCAACAACACCAGGGGUUCAUCACUCAGCCAAACGGCAAUCCUGGCAUCAGACACCAGAUUUCACCCCAACAAAAUAUAAGGAGAGAGCACCAGAACAGCUCAGAGCCUUGGAGAGCAGUUUUGCACAAAAUCCUCUUCCCCUUGAGGAAGAAGUAGACAGACUGAGAAGCGAAACCAAAAUGACAAGAAGAGAAAUCGAUAGCUGGUUUUCAGAGCGACGGAAAAAAAAGUCUGCAGAAGAGAACAAAAAAUCUGAAGAAGCAGCUUCUCAAGAGGAGGAAGAGGCUGAAGAGGAUUGUGGUGAAGAGGAUCCUGCUGAUGAGUGGAGGGUUUCAAAUGAGAACGGCUCUUCAGAGGCCACAGGCAGUGACCAUCCUCAAGUGGAGCGGAAAGUCAGCCCCAUCAAAAUCAAUCUCAAGAAUCUGCGAGUGACAGAGGCAAAUGGCAGAAAUGAAUCAGUAGGACUGAGUGCCAAUGACCAUGAGGAUGAGCAGGGUUUGAGCAAAUCCCUGGAACAACCCAAAAACAAAGUGAAUUAUAAAAAGACAGCCCAGCAAAGGCAUUUGCUCAGGCAACUGUUUGUCCAAACCCAGUGGCCAACAAAUCAGGAAUAUGAUGGUCUCGUCUCCCAGUCUGGCCUGCCGAGGGCCGAGGUCGUACGCUGGUUUGGAGACAGCAGAUAUGCACUUAAAAAUGGACAAUUGAAGUGGUAUGAGGACUAUAAGCAUGGUAAUUUCCCCCCGGGUCUAUUGGUCAUCAGCCCAAGCAAUAGAGAGCUUCUUCAGGAUUAUUAUAAAACACACAAAACGCUGUAUGAAGAUGAUCUUAAGAGCCUAUGUGACAAAACUCAGAUGAGCUCACAACAGGUUAAGCUAUGGUUUGCUGAAAAAAUGGGUGAGGAAACCCGAGCUGUAUCUGACACUUGCAGUGAGGACCAGUAUUCCAGUACUGGAGAACAAGCAGGAAAUCACAGAGGGGCAUGUGACACCUAUUCAGAAGUGUCUGAGAACAGUGAGUCCUGGGAGCCCAGUGGCCAGGAGAUCAGUUCAGAACCUUUUGACACACUGAGCCCUCAGGCUGGGAUCCAGCUAGAAGCAGAUUGAAUUUAAACUGACCGCUAUGAAGGAUCUGCCAAAUGUGGGAAGAUAUCAAAUGGAAUAGGCCGGAUCUGAACCUCUGCUGCAGGGGCCAGUUACAGUGCCUGCUGUUGUGAGACUUUUAGCCAAGCACACUGGGGAGAGGCUGUUGGGGAACUCACUGGUCAGCCCAGAGCUCUUCACAGCCAAUUUAGGAUGAUAUGCUGAGCUGGGCAGAGCAGGGUUCAUGUCAGAUUCUUCCUCCAGCAAUAUAGGACCUCUUCUUUGCCUUCCAGUGGAUAAAAUAUUACAGAUUUCUUAUUCAUGUACAACAGAACCAACUUUUUAACAUAUACAUCUGCCUAUACACAUUUAAUAAAACAUCAGAUUAUAAACAUGUUCAUUACAUAGAAACUUCUGAUUAGCAAAGCAGUGCAUUUCCUUUUUCUCUAUAUAUAUUUAGUGUCUGUUCUCUGAAGGUUGAUAUCACUACAUUUACUCCUCUUUAAGUCUUUUAUCAGGGUCCAGUGCAUUGAAUCUAGAGAGCAUGUCAUCAGUACACUUACAACUUUAUCUGGAAUCCUUUCUAUGGACCCCUUUCUGAAAAUAAUUCUGCUUUGUUAAGCAGUCUCUGACCAGUAAGUCUGUAAGCAACAAUUUUCUUGUCUGAAGUUAUAGUUGAAUAACAGCCAUUUUUCCCCAGGUUAAAAAAAAAACAAACCCAAAACAGAUUGGUUAUUUGAUUGGUUUCCUUUUCAUGAAAAAUUCUAGAUCAGUUAUCAACUAUUUUUCCAUUACUGGGUUAAAUGAAGAUGUAUUUGAUCUUGAACCUGGUAUAUGUAUUCAAAUGCCUACUUCUUAAAGCCAGAAAUGUUCCAGUAUUAGAUAAGAAGAGACAAAAUCCAUAAACAAAAGCACAAAGCCACUAUGUGUAGUACCUUUCACCUGAGGAUUUCAAAGCACUUUAUAAAUGUUGAUCUCUAAAUCCUCAUACAAACUUGGAAAGGAUAAGAUGUGGCAAACAUAAUCACCACUUUACCAGUAAGAAAGCUGAGAAUGAGAAAAGAUUAAGUGACUUUCUUAGUUAUUUGAGUUGGGAAUAGCUCUCAAUUUUAAGUCAGUGGUAUAAGGCUUCCCAAUAAAAUCAUGAAACUUCUCAUCUUGCUAUUCUAACCAUGAGUUCUACUAGUCCUCUCUCCUGGUGAAUGCACAAGAUUUAAAGAUUAAGGAUGGAAAUCAUUAUUAAGUAGUGAUUUUUAAAAUGUUCCCCUCAAUUUGUAACCAAAUGUGGUUUAUUUAACUUUAAUCUCUAGCUUAUCAUUUUUGCCUACCUUGAAACUUUGGUAUUUUUGGAAAAUCAGCUGAAAUGAUACCUUUUGAAGUAUAGAAUAAUUGUUUGAAUGUACUAUCUACUUUAUUCAUACAAAAAUCCUCUAAUACAAGAAGCAGCUUCCAUGGGAAGACCUCUGAUCUCAUUUCUAGUAUAUGUCCCAGUGCAAGAAUGGACUGGAAAGCAUCUUAGGCAAUUUGCAAAACUAACCUGUCCACGCUCAUUAGGGAUAACUGAGCAACAUACACAGUUAUUUCCAGAGAAUUUCAUAGACUGUCAGAGUUAGAAGGGACCUCAGAAAUCAUCCAGUUCCCUUAUUUUACAGAUGAGAAAAUUGAAGUUCCAAGAGUUUAAAUGAUUUGCCUAAAGUUACACAGCUAGCAGAAUGGGACCUUGAGUCAGGUUCUCUGAUGCCAAGUCUAGUGGUCGCUACUGUAGACACUAUUCCAUUUCUUUUGCCUUGACUUGAGGAAGGUAAUGACUGCCAGCUCUUUAGGGUAGAGUUAGGGAAAGCAGGUGACAGGGCUUCAGGGUCUAGAGUAAACUGAGACACAGGAAAUCCUGAAAAAUAAACGUCUGUGGCUCUAUAUGUGGCCAACUUAAGACAGGCAAGUAGAAGCUUAAAGAAAAUUAAUUAUGUUGGCAAUUGAGUGGCAUGAACUAUGGCUAGCUAGUAGAAAUCAAGCGUGCCCACCCCUCAGCCCUCAUUAUCCCAAAUAAACACUUUGAGGGCACACAUAGCAAAUCACAUAGCUGAAUUGGCCUGUAGUACUAAAAAAGGUGCCUUUUCUGGGGGCAAGGGAAGUUUUAUUCUGUGGUCUGGGAGAAACCUCUCUUUGAAAUCAGAGGCCUUCCUACUACUUCUUCCAGAACCUAACCCCCUCUAGCUCACCUGUUUUUCUUGAGAAAAUGACCUGGGAGUUUUACCAAGACUUGCAUUCUGUCAUUUUGCACCCUGUGUUGGAUAUGACAUUGGGGUAGCCCUGAUGGACUGUUGAAUAUUAUGUCAAGAGCAUGGAUUUGUGAAUGAUAGCUUCCUCCAGAGAACAAAUACAUGACUUUUUUCUCUAGUGUUUAUAUACAUGCAGGUUAAUUUAUAUAUGCACAUAUACAGUACAAAUACUCAUUUGAUAUUACCUUGUAAAAUGUACAUGAUAUGUGCAUUUUAGUAAAUGAAUUAACAUAGAUAUUAAGGAAAAAAAAACAGCUCGUGCAUUGGAAAUGAAUGUCUUUGUAUUUAUUUGUACACUGAACACGACUGGGGGAGAGGCAAAGAUAAGGCCAAUUUCAAAGUAUCCCACUUAAGAAUCUCACUUCCAAAGUGACAGCCCUUGAAACACAAUCACUCCCAUAGUUUCUUCAUGUAUUAACUACAGAGUUUUACUGGAGAAUGUUUUCUUGGUUCUUUUAUUAGAGGUCAUAUUAAAUGUAUAAUCCAAACUGUAAUGGAAAAAAUUAGUAAUAGAAAAUUGCAGUGUUGGAGCAUAUUCAGUCAGAGUUCACAGAACGCACUCUGGACAUGAAAAUUGUCCACUAUACAUGCAGGUCCACUUACAUAAAAAGCAGUUUAGUGGAAGACUUAGGAGCUUUUUAAUAUUGCAAACUUUUUUCACAUGCAUUAACUCUCUCAAAUGGCUAUGACCUAAUGGCUGCAUGGUCAGCACUGUGAGAGAACCAGGAAGGAAAACUGAAGGGGAAAUCCCAGGGAUGCAGAAAAGACCCAUGUUCUGCUCAUGUCCUUGUAUCUGAGUAUAUUUAAAUAUGGUUUGGUAUUUAUUCUUGCAGAGAAUUUUACAUAAGCAAGUGAUGAAGUAGUUUGAUCUCAGAUCCAUGUACUUAAAAUGGAAUAAAAUAAAAAUAUUAACUGUAUAGGUGUCAGAGGCCCAGUGCUUUGGGUGUAAAUCUCAGGAGAUAAAAAAACUGAGUAGAAAAAUUGGAAGCAAAAAAAAAAAAAAAAAA